ACGGCGCUGUGCAUUUGACAGCAGCAGCAGCAGCGCGCUCGAGGAGAAGCGCGCGACCACAGGCUGCAGUAGGGCAGGCUAGGCGCAGACUACACAACACGGCAUAGCGCUUCAGUCCCGUGCAACCGGACGCCUCGUAGAUUCAUCACAGGAAUCGCUUUACUGUACACCUGAGCUGUGGACGUCUGGUUGAAACGGGAGGAUCCGCUAACUAAAACACUCCUAAACAGUCUUACCGGCAAGCUGCAGAUACUGCCUUAUGUUUGAAUGCUCACACUGAGGGUUGAUCGCAAGGCCUGGUUGCUUUGAAGGAUUUACAUGUAACACACCCUGAUAUGGACAGGAACAGGAAGUGCAUCUGUGAAGGAGCGAUGAUGAUGAUGAUGAUGCUGCUGCUGGGUCACAUGACCACUGCAUUAGAAGUGCCUCUUGACCCUAAAGUUCUGGAGGGAUUACCGCAGCCUCCCACAAUAACUCAUCAGUCCCCCAAGGAUUACAUCAUCGACCCUCGGGAAAACAUCAUUAUCCACUGUGAGGCCAAAGGAAAGCCUCAACCCAGCUUUUUAUGGACGCGUAACGGCACUCACUUCGAUGUGGAGAAAGAUUCGAAAGUGACCAUGAAGCCCAACUCGGGCACUUUGGUGAUCGAGAUCAACGGAGAGAAGGUGGAAGCGUACGAGGGCGUUUACCAGUGCAUCGCCCGCAACGUGCACGGCUCGGCUGUGUCCAAUAACAUCGUCAUCCGGCAAUCAAGGUCCCCCUUGUGGUCGAAAGAGAAAAAUGAGCCAAUCACAGUGCAGAAGGGCAUGUCUCUAGUACUGCAAUGCAGACCACCGGCUGGACUGCCUCCUCCGAUCAUCUUCUGGAUGGAUAACAAUUUCCAGAGGCUUCCCCAAAAUAGCCGCGUGUCGCAGGCUUUAAAUGGAGACCUGUACUUUUCAAACGUGAUCAUGGAUGACACCAGAAGUGACUACAUCUGCUACGCCCGCUUCCCUCACACCCAGACCAUACAACAGAAACAGCCAAUCACAGUCCAUGUGCUGGACAUUGAAGCUAUGAAUGACACUGUGUUGGCAGCUUUUUUGAAUGGCUCAGAUUUUUGGGGUGACAGUCCAUCUGGAGAGAGAGCACCCACUUUUAUGCACCCACCGGGAACACGCAGUACCACCAUAGUCUUGAAAGGAGACACACUGGAGCUGGAAUGCAUCGCGGAUGCCCUCCCAACCCCAGAUAUCUCUUGGAGUAAAGUGAACGGAGAGCUGCCCAGAGGCCGCAUUUCAUUGCACAGUUUCCAGAAAACCUUGAAGAUAACGGAGAUGACAGAAGCAGACGCUGGAGAUUACCGGUGUUUCGCGAAGAACCGCUUGGGGAGCAACCAACACAUCAUCACUGUCAUUGUCAAAGCGGCACCCUUUUGGAUCAGCGCCCCUCAGAACCUCAUCAUGGCUCCUAAAGAAACGGGCAUGCUCACGUGCCGGGCCAACGGCAACCCUAAACCCAAGGUCACCUGGUUUGUCAACGGUGUGGCCAUCGAGAAUUCACCCGUGGAUCCCAGUCGGAAAAUCGAAGGUGAUGUCAUCAUCCUUAGCGAUGUGCAGACUGGCUCCAGUGCAGUUUACCAGUGUAACGCCUCCAAUGAGUACGGAUACCUGCUGGCCAAUGCAUUCGUCAAUGUCCUGACUGAACCUCCAAGGAUCCUGACUCCUACAAACCAUGUGUAUGCAGUCAUUACAAACAGCAGGGCUCUGCUGGACUGUGCUGCAUUUGGAUCACCUCUUCCGAAGAUCACGUGGUUUAAAGACGGUCAAAGCAUACUGGAUGGCGACUUGUACAUCAUACAUAAGAAUGGCACAUUGGAGAUCAACGUGGCUCAGCAACUAAACAGUGGCAAAUACACCUGCAUAGCCACUAACAAUCUCGGCAACAAAGAGAAUUAUGUGCAUUUGGAAGUGAAAGAACCAACACGGAUCCUAAAGCUGCCAGAAUACAACGUGGUCCAAAGGAACGGCAUCGCUGUGUUUGAGUGUAAGGUAAAACACGACCCUACGCUCAUCACUUCCAUGAUAUGGCUCAAAGACGACGGAGAGCUACCGGAUGAUCCACGAUUCAAGCUAGGCUCUGAUAGUUUGACUAUACAAGAAGUGACGGAAGACGACGAGGGCACAUACACCUGUAUCAGAAACACCACCCUGGACCAAGAUUCGGCAAGCGCCACGCUCACUGUAGUUGAAGCCACACCAACGCCACCUGUAAUACUGGAGCAACCAGACCCUCCUACAGACUUGGAGCUGACGGACCAACGAGAGCGUAGCGUACGGCUGACAUGGACCCCUGGAAAUGAUCAUAACAGCCUCAUUAAAUUGUUCCUCAUUCAAUAUGAAGAUUCGCUUCAUGAGCCAGGAGUUUGGGUCAACAUGACUGAGGUCCCUGGAACCAGCACCACGGCCCCUCUCGACCUGUCUCCACAUGUCUAUUACUCAUUCAGAGUUCUGGCACUGAAUGACGUGGGUCUAAGUGAACCCAGCAACCCAUCCGGACAGUACCGAACCAAUCCCGCCCAGCCUGACAUGAAUCCAUCCGAUGUUGAGGUUUUUGGCACGUCAAAGGAUAGUAUGACUGUAACUUGGAAGGAACUGACAGGAUUGGAGUCGAACGGUCCGGGUCUACAGUACAAGGUCAGCUGGAGAAAAAAAGAUGUGGAGCAGCGCUGGACGUCACUCACUCUGGCCAACGUCUCGCAGUAUGUGGUGACAGGAACGCCCACUUUCGAACCCUAUGAGGUCACGGUACAGGCGAUCAAUGACUAUGGACCAGGGCCAAGACCCGAGGUAGUGCUGGGAUACUCAGGAGAGGACUCACCUACUGUGGCACCAGAGAACGUGCGAGUUUCGGUUCAUAACGGAACACUGGCUGAAGUCCGUUGGGAUGCUGUUCCUCUUUCAACAGUCCGUGGGCGACUAAAGGGAUACAAGGUGAGCUACUCGAAGCUGAGAAGUCUCCAUAGGCAAGACAAAGAGCCUGAGAAGCCACAGGUGAUCAUCUUCAGUGGAAAUGAGACAGUGGGUCGUCUGUCCGACCUCCAUCCCUACAGCGAGUACACUCUUAACAUUAAAGUCUUCAAUGGUUACGGAGACGGACCCACCAGCUCCGAUCAGCAAUUUGAAACUCCAGAAGGAGUGCCCGGACCUCCUACCGAAUUAAAAAUCAGAAAUGUGGACCUGGACUCAUUGAUAGUGGAGUGGGCACCGCCUCUGAAAGACAACGGUCAUCUCACUGGAUACCUGCUCAGAUAUCAGCCUAUCAAUGCAACAGAUGAACUUGGGCCGCUAAAAGAGCUUCCUCUGCCAGCAAAUGAGACCAGCGCAACUCUCGACAACCUCAAGUACAGCACACGCUACAAGAUCUACUUGAAUGCCAUGACAGUCAAGGGCUCGGGACCCACCGUUAUUGAAGAGGCUGUUACUGUUAUGGAUGAAGCAUUAAUUCCACAUCCCGCAGUAGAGGCGGGUAAAGGCUCAACCCCCCUUCCACCUCAACCAACACCCCCUGUCACUCAAUCUUUGCAGUCUCCGUUCCACAAGGCGCCCCCUUCAGGUCGGAUGUUUGGGUUCGUGAACUCCUCGGUGGAGGAGGACCAUGCCGUGAUAAGCUGGGAAUACUUGGGGCCAGAUAGGAAUGUUUAUGUGGAAUAUGUUGUUGAUAACAGUAAAGAACCUUGGAAAACCGAAUUUGUUAAUGGCACUCGGACGUAUCAGAUUAAAGGUCUAAAGCCCGGGAUUUCCUAUAGGGUUCGUGUGGUAGCCAAAGACCAUUCGGACUCAACGGUCCACAGUACAGAAGAGAUGUUGAUUACAGUUCCAGCAACGAGCAGCAAGCAGGUUGAUAUAGCGACACAGGGCUGGUUCAUUGGACUCAUGUGUGCCAUCGCUUUACUGAUCCUGGUGCUACUCAUCGUUUGCUUCAUUAAGAGGAACAAAGGAGGAAAAUACCCAGUAAAAGAGAAAGAAGACGCACACCAAGACCCAGAGAUCCAACCAAUGAAAGAGGAUGAUGGGACAUUUGGUGAAUACAGUGACACGGAGGACCACAAGCCCCUGAAGGGCAGCCGGACCCCGUCCAACGGCACGGUGAAGAAGGACGACAGCGACGACAGCCUGGUGGAUUACGGCGAGGGCGGCGACGGCCAGUUCAACGAGGACGGCUCCUUCAUCGGCCAGUACAGCGGCAAGAAGGAAAAAGACACGGCGGAGGGCAACGAGAGCUCGGAGGCUCCCUCGCCGGUCAACGCCAUGAACUCUUUUGUGUAACUGCCUGAAAACGACCUAUAACCUUUGACCCUUUCAACAACACGCCCUCAUCGUCACACCAUCGUAUGGAGAACAGGCUAUCUCUGCUGCACUGUGACCCCACGACAUCACAGCGAAAGAAUCCCAAACGACACUCCUCAUAAGAAUGUGAAAACGUUAAAGUAGCAGUGAGGGAUGUAGGAGACGAAUGCAGUAUACGGUAUAUAUGCAAGAGGACUUCUGUACCACAGGACCUUGAUUGGUCAAAAUGAAGGUCACGUGACAUUUAGAUGAAAUUGCUUGUAUAAUUUCGGCAAGUAUGCACUAGAAAGUUUCGUACACUUAAGCUACACUUAAAAAUAGAGAAAUAUUUUUGCAUUUAAUAAAAUAUCACGCAUUUCACAAAUAAUUUUUAAAGUCCCCAUGAACAGACUUCUGUGUUGUAACGUAUUUACCGAUAUUAACCGAGUGAAAUGGAUUACCACACAAUGAAAAUAGUGGGCGUGGCUUCAUACUGUGAAUUGAUUGGAUAAAGAAAAGUAGGCGUUUCAUUCAAAAAUGACAGAUUUGUCACUCCCAAUUCUGCUUCCUCUAGUUACAACAAACAAACGAAUAAACGUCCUCUCACUAAAUGACGAAAGACGGAUGACGUGAACUCCGCAGCUUCACUCUCAUUGGUAGUCGCUCCCGAAAGUUGUUUGUCAUUUGCAUAAAGUUGAACUGUUUUCAACUUUGUCGCAUAGCUGGACACACCCACUUUUUGUGCCAACAAUCAUGGGAAGUCGCCAAGCUUUCACUCCGCCAUUGCGGUAUGCACGCAGCAGUUGCAGGGGGCAGGGUUAACAAAUGCUCCGCCCACUCCGUCAUCAGUUUAUCAGUUUAAUGACCUGCACGGAUAAAUUGUUGAUAAUGAGCACUGCAGUUUUUCAUAAAAAAUAAGAAUGGUCAUUUCUGAUUUCAUGGGGACUUUAAGGCCUAGUCCACACGGAUAUUUUUAUAACCGUGACUUUUUCACGCGGUUCGGCCGUUCGUCCAAACGAAAACGCAGUAUCAGGGCACUGAAACCGAACAUUUUUGAAAACCCUGUCAGGGUGACGAUUUUAAGAAAUGCCAGUUGCAGUGUUGUUAUGUAGACAGUACAACCGGGGGUUUUGCCUUGUGACGUCACUUUUGUUAGGCUUCUGAUUGGCCACGAUUUGAGUUGUAUUGCCACCUGCUGGUGUAGCAUGCUCUUGACAGUGCUUGAUAGCGUGUUUUUGCUUUUUUAAGGAUGGAGAUUUCUUUUAAACCGAGCAUUUGUGGACGGGAUUUUUUUGGAGGAAAAACUCUGUUUAUAAAAAUACCCGGGUCCGUGUGGACUAGGCCUUAGUUAGUAUUUGGACGAUGGUUGCCAAAUGUAACACUUCUACACUGAAAAAAAUGAUUCAUUCAAUUUACUCAAUUUUUUAAGGUAAGCUACAUUUAAACAAAAAAAUUGUAAAAUUAAAUUAAAUUAAAAACUUUUGUUUAAAUGUAGCUUAAAUAAAUUGAUUGCAACCACUUACCUUAAAAAACUGAGUAAAUUGAAUGAAUAUUUCUUUUUCAGUGUAAGUGUAUGCAAUCAAUUUAUUUAAUCUACAUUUAAACAAAAAAAAAAAUAAAAAUAAAUAAAAAAACUUUUAUUUAAAUGUAGAUUCAAUAAAUUGAUUGCAACACUUACUUUAAAAAAAUAGUAAAUUGAAUGAAUAAUUUUUUUCACAUUUACUAUAGACGGUUUCAGCAGUAACAACAUAAACAAGCGGCUGUCGUGGUCCGCACGUAACUUCCGGUAAACUCUGCUAAUAAUAAAUAACAACAAAGCUCUUUAAACGUAGUUUAUUUAUAUAACAAAAAAACUGAAAAAUGAUUCAUUCAAUUAACUCAAUUUUUAAGGUAAGUGGUUGCAAUCAAUUUAUUUAAGCUACAUUUAAACAAAAGUUUUUUAUUUUAUUUAACUUUACAAAUCUUUUUUGUUUAAAUGUAGCUAAAAUAAAUUGAUUGCAACCACUUACCUUAAAAAAAUUUAAUAAAUUGAAUGAAUCAUUUUUUUCAGUGAACACACAGAUGGUUAGGAAACCAAAACUUUUGUUAUUUUUCGAUGGGGCAUUUGUUCAAGAGAUCUAGUUUAGCAACUAGUCAGACAAUUAAAAAAACUAAUCCGGAAGUAGCGUCCGGAUCCAGACGUGUAUUGCAUCAGCGCACGUUCGUCCGAUGAAACCGUCACUGAAAAAAUGAUUUAUUCAAUUUACACAUUUUUUUAAGGUAAGUGGUUGCAAUCAAUU